UAUUCAAUGGUCCAAUGGACCAAGCCGCCCAGGGUAUCGCAGAUGUAAAUUCACUCCUCGGUCGCGAUAAGGUUUCGCUUGCUUAUCGUUGGCCGACAUGUCCGGCUGAGAUUUCCGACAUUUGCCUCGACAGACGACGAUGGCUCCAUCCUCACCACCACCAACAUUCAUUCUGGGCCAGUAUGAACGUCAGACCUGAGACGGUUCAUGUUAUGACACGUCAAUUGGUCGUGCCCCAACGGUGAUCAUGGGCCGCCCCAGUGUCCCGGUGUCAAGUGGAAACCUCCGCAAAGCUACGCUGUGAAUUCCCGAGUCUUCCAGGAGGCGUGAGAGAAAGUAAGAAUGGGAUGGAGUUUGGUGACGUUCCAUGCCCUCCAUCCAAUGAAUGGAGUCACGCCUGUCGGCAUGCUUCUGUUGCUGUCAUAGAAGGUUUGGCUUGAAUCAUGCAAGACUUAAUUUCUCACUGUUCAUAUUGCUCAUGGCUGCCAUUUUCCUUCAUUUCAGAUAUCACUCACUGCAAAAACCACUGCCCACAAUUCACUACAAUCAACAACUGAACCUCAAAACCCUCAGCAUCAUCAUACACCAUGAGACUCAUCAUCAGAGAAGACCCGACCUCUGCGUCGUCAUACAUUGCCCACUACAUCAUUGACAGGAUAAAGGCAUUUGGCCCAACACCUACACAUCCCUUUGUUCUCGGCCUCCCGACUGGAUCCAGUCCCGUUGGAAUCUACAAGAUCCUCGUCCAAGAAUACAAGGCCGGCAAUAUCUCUUUCGAAAAUGUCGUCACAUUCAAUAUGGUACGGAACAUCGCAUACCCGGUCCGAGCUCUACAGAAGUCUAUCUGCUGACUGCGUUUGCCGUAGGACGAAUACAUCGGUAUUCCACGCGAGCAUCCCGAGUCCUACCACACAUUCAUGUACAAGCACUUCUUUUCACAUGUCAACGUACACCCACGCAACAUCCACAUUCUUAAUGGCAACGCUCCAGACCUAGAAGCCGAAUGUGUAGCAUACGAGGCUGCCAUCAAGUCGCAUGGUGGUAUUGACCUCUUCCUUGGUGGUAUUGGGCCAGAUGGACAUAUCGCAUUCAACGAGCCAGGAUCGUCGCUGGCAUCGAGAACUCGGGUCAAGACACUGGCAUAUGACACAAUCAUUGCCAACUCAAGAUUCUUCGACAAUGAUUUGGAGAAAGUACCAAAGAUGGCUCUUACUGUCGGUGUGCAAACCGUCCUGGAGGCUAGAGAGGUGGUGAUCAUCAUCACUGGGGCACACAAAGCGCUGGCGCUUCAGAAGUGUAUCGAAGGAGGCGUGAAUCACAUGUGGACGCUCUCAUCCCUACAACUGCACCCACAUCCCAUGAUCGUGGUCGACGAAGAUGCCACUUUGGAGCUUCAGGUCAAGACCGUCAAGUACUUCAAAUCCAUCGAGAAAGUCGCCGCAUCCCAAGGUUUCGAACAGAUCCUCCCAUCGGCAGUCCGCACCGGCCCCCGCGUAAACGGACAUAAGUCAAUCGACCCAACCCCCGAAGUGAAAGAGGAACCCAGCAUCCUCUCCCCAAAGCCAGUAACCAGCACUCUCCUUUCCGCACCAGCAACCGAGUAUCCGCUCCGAAGCGUCAGCCCUGACUUGAUCCCGGAUCGUAUGGCUGCGAGAAUUGCUGCUUACUAAACAGCAUUUGAGUGAGUGAGUAAGGGAGAAAGAGAGACGCAUUACAUAGAUCGAGAAAAACGAUAUUUGGAGUUUAGGGUCGUUUUGAUUUGGCGCUGGAUUUAUAAUAGGCUUUUCGAUGAGAUUGCUACACGAUGCCGGUUAGAUGGUUGGAUUUAUUUCGUUACUGUAGUCUAGCAAGAAUAAACAAAUUGUAUGAAC